AUGCCACCUAGAAGGAGAACAAGAGCUGGGAAUAAAGUCAAACCUCCCUCUCAACGUUCUUCCAGCUCGGAAGACCCUUUAGCCAUGUCACCCAUCCGACCUCGAAAAAAAGUGAGGUCGGAAGCUGAUAUACUACUCGAAUCGAGGUUAGAUGACGAAGUAGGAUUAGGAGGAGAAGACUUGGUAGCUCCUUCAGACGAAGAAGAGUAUCUUCAAUGGGUGAAAAACAGGAACGAGAGGUUAGAUCGGGAACGUGUAAAUCAGCAUGUGGGGGGGAAGGGAAAGGGUGUGAGGAAAGAACAAGAGGUUAUGGUUUGGGAAUUGGAAGGUACUCCUUCUCCGAGGAAUAUAUGGUUGGAUUUGAUACGUUCUCCGUCGCCCCGUCUCGAAAAACUUCAGUAUCACUCGAGAUCACCAAAGAGGGUGAAAAAGAACUCGCCUUCAGGCUCGGAUACUAGAAGUGGGAGAAGAUCAGACGUAGCUGUAAGAGACGAAUCGCAAAAUGUCGAAUGUUCGUCAUCGAAAUCUAUUCCAGAUAACGGGACAAAUGAGGAGGGAGAAGAUGAAGGUGAAAGCUCGUUAGCUACCUCCAUGACGGAACCUUUGCCUGCAAGUUAUAUGGAUGAAGAUGAGUCUUUUGAUGAUGAGGUCGAUGAGGAUGAGUUGGAGAAGGACGAAUUGGGUGCGGACAGUGAAGCUGGGCUCCAAGUGAUGGAAGAUCUCAACAGCGUGGACCAGGUCAGAUCCCCUGGUAGGAUUUAUGAUGGGUACAACGGAACAAACCUGCCUUCGGCAAAUUCUUUUCAAGAUGGGAAACCAGACAAAUCACCCACUGCAACAGUCUAUGACCAACAGGAUAUCGAUGGAGGAUCACAUUGGAAGGAUAUCCAGAAUGACGAUAAGGUAGAUCGCCCUUUUCAGAUGGACAUAGUUCACCCUUUUCAGAUGGAAAUCGACUACCCUGUUGGAACACAAAGCCCUCCUCCGUCAUUCAAUUAUCAUCAACCAGAUGAACCUCCCGAACCUGAAGCUCAACCUUUAGGUACUCCUAUUCACAAACCAACACAGGAAGAUAUAGAAUCUGAUGAAGAUGAUCUCUCACAUCCCUCGCCACUCAGCACCCACGAGGAAAUUAGGAUGAUCGUACCACCUCCCGAGAAGCCUGGUGCAAUGAUGGAAGACGAUCUGCAACGUCAUUCGCCCUUUCUGGUCAAUGCUGCGAUAAGGAACGAGCCAGAGAUACGUGAUGCUCAACACGAACUGGAAGGCAUUCCUCUUGCUGAAAGCUCGCAAGGGGCUUUAAGACGAAUGAGAUCAUUACAAUCGUCUGUUAUUAGUGAUCAUCCCGCCUCACCACCACGUCUGAGCAAUGAAGUGACCGCAUGGCCAUCUCAACCGACUCAUCACCAAUCACCUCUCCGUUCAAAGCCACCGUCACCAGUUUCGACCUUCUCGCAAGUUGCCCAACGAAGUAACUCAGUUGUCCAUCAUCCUUCCCCUAAUCACGACCCCUCCCCCUCUCCUCAUUCACCCCAAGCACCAAUAGACCCAGCGCUCGCGCAAUUCCGAACAGCCCGUACAUUCCGAACCCGUACCACACUCCAACUCCAACCUUACACCCGUGAAAGACAAGUAUACGAAGCCCAACUCCGUCGUGGUGGUCUCAAAAAAGGUCGGAAUGCCAUCGCUCCCGCUCCUGAAAUUCCAAAAUCCUCUGAGGAAUCAGAAGACCCGGAAGUUGAUCAGCAGAGUAGCAGUUCAAGUGUUGGAGAAGUUGAUGGGGAGAGAGUCAUCAUUGCUCCUUCCCCCGAGAGAAUCAGACGGGUUCGAAAGUUGGUUGAGGUGAUCGAUGCAGAUUAUGAUGAAUAUUUCUUAGAACAUGGGAAAGUUGCGGAUGAAGAGGAUGAACAAGCUAUGCGAUCUUUGCAAAGGAUAGCUAGGAGACGAUUGGGAGAAGAGAAGAAAGAGAGGAGACGAAGAAGAGACGAGGAGAGAUCAAGAAGAGAGUUUGAAGAAUUGAUCAAAGGGAAAGAAUCUUCUCCUAACCAUUCCGCUAAUAGGCCAAUCCGACGAGAUCAAGAUAAAGAUAAACAUGAUUCUCGCAAUCCAGCGAGAGGAAUAGUGAAAUAUACAGAUAAACGACCUUCUCGGAAACCUCCCCCUCAACCUGAUAUCUCGGAAGAUGAUUCUUUACCUUCUCUCCCACCUUCUCUUCCUCCCCUCAGACAGACUCGUGAAUUCACAUCUCCCUCACCAGAAUUGGUCACUUCCAUUCGUACACCUCUCGAUCAUCAAAUGGACGUAGACAUUGAACCGAUGGGAAUGUUUGAAGCUGACCCACAACAAUCUUUCUACAUUGAUGACCUUCCGACCAAUACGAAACAACGACGCAUACCCACUCCGACGUCUGUCACUUCGGGCGAAACUUCCGAUUCUGACUCACCUGGUGUGGACAGAAGAGCAAAGAUAGCAAGACGUAUGAUGCCUGCUGCCAUGUUGAAACGUCUUGAACGUGAAGCAGCUGAGAAAGAACGACAAAAGGCUCGACGAGAAGCUAAAAAGCGAAUAGUCCAGAUUUCCCCGGCUUCACCAGUCAGACCAGGUCAUGCGGUCAUACGUCGUGGUCAAGGGGAUGUUGAUAUGUCAGGUUUGUUAGGAAUGCUAGCUUCACCUGAUUCUUCCAGUCCUCAAAGACCGAAUUCGAAUGAAAGAACUUCGGCAGUUCAAUCGAGGGAUAAAGACGUGGUGGUCAUCUCUUCUGACGAUGAUUCAGACUUUGGAUCACAAGCAGAGGAAGAUAAUGGUGGUGGUUUGGUAAGGCUGUAUAAAGGAGAUUUCGAAUCGCUCGUCACUGGGAUGCCUCCUCGAGACGAAAUGCAUCAUAAAAAACGGAGACGACAUGAUGGGAAAAGGAAAGAAAGAAGACCUGCUUUGGGUAUUGCCAAACGUGUUGCUCAGUAUCCUGUUUCAUCAACAGGAAGGAUGGUACAAACCAGAUUGGAUUUUCCUAUCGAAGACGUUCGAUCCCCUUCCAAGACCAAGUAUGUCACUCCUAGGCAUACUUCUAAACAUGGUACGAAGACGAUGACUGGAGCUAGGAGAGGAAGAGGAGGUAAGGAAAAGAUAAAUAGACCUGCUAUUCAAUUGAACGAUCGAAAUAUAUGGGCAACGAAUGAUUUUGCUUUCGAUGAUUCUCCCGAUUUACCUCGUUCCGAGCCGAAACCCAACAAGACACCUCAUGGACAUCAUCAAGUACAACACGAUAAAGUCCAACCUCGAUCUUUCAAGACCGAUUUAAACAUCGCUUCGAAAAAAGGUAAGGGUUCGAAAGAUGCUGCGAAACGUACUUUCCAACGUACAACAUCAAAAACGAGUGUAGUCAGUAUGGUCAGUGUUACGAGUUCUAUCGGAGACGUUGAUCAUGGAAUUGGGAAAGCACGUUCUUGGGCAAACUUUGAAUCGUUUCCUAUCGACUUUUCGAUUUCUCCUUUACCUUCUGGAUUAUUCUGUUCAGAAGAUUCAAUCCUCACUACUGGUCGUGUUGAUUCUUUGAUUCGAUUAUUAUCAAAGUCCAACCACAACAGUAUGAUCAAUAUUGAGAGUUGUGAAACGUAUGGUAUAUCAUUAGAUCCGAACAUGGGAGAAGACUCUUUAUCACCUGUCAUUCCUCUUUUAUUCGAUAAGAUAUAUUCUGAAUUGAUACUUUAUGUCAAUGAAGAUAUUUCCAUCUUCCCGGAUUUUGAAGGUUUAUCAUUUAUAGGAAGAUAUUUUUCUCUUAGAUCAUCGAUGACGUUGAAAACUUUGAUCAGACAAAAGGUUUUGGAGAUAAGUGAAAGAUUGGAUGAUAUGUUAUCAAGUCGAAAACAUUCGAAAUCCGCCAAAAACACAGUAUUGGGUAUGAGAUGGGAAUUGUUCGAAUUAUCAUGUCGAUUAAUGAAAUUUGAUGGGGAUAUGAAAGUUGUGGAAAUCAUUGCUGUGGCUAUGUUAACACAGAUGUUAGGAGGUGGGUUUGAUAAAGCUGUUAAACCUUUGAAAAGGAUUUUAAGAGGGGAAGUUGAAUCUCCUGAGAUUAUGGAGGUUUCUACUAUUAUGUGGAUUGCGAUUAUACUUGUUUUGUCUGUUUGUUCUACCUGUCGACCAACUGUCAAUCCUAAUGAUAUCAAUCAUCGCGAUGUCAACUAUCCCACCAACAAUUAUCCCACCAACAACCAUCACACUGUCAGUCAUCCCGAUCAUAUCGACAAUACAUCGUUCGUGAAAACUGAAGAGCUCGGUCGGACGACUACCAUCGUUGAAUUGGGGAACAAGGCGCCACAGGAAGAACCUACGAAACAAGCGAACGGACAGGAAGAAAUGAGUUCCAAACAAACUGGAGACGAUUUUUUCCUUUCAUAUCUUCUCACCGCCUUCCAAACAGCAUUCCAUUUAGACCAUUCUGGACCACUCGCGGCAGAACGUAUCUGGUUUCUAAUCUUUAGUCUAUGUGCUUUUUCACAAUUCGAUACAUUCGGUCGUACUACCUCUCAAUAUAAUCCUAUACCAAGAUGGCCAUUAGUCCGUCGUGCAAUUUCUCUCAUACGAAUUUCUCAUAACGAAGAAACCGAAGAACGUUCUCAUGCUGAUCAAUUAUAUGGAAGAGAUCGUUAUAUUCAAAUAAUACUUUCACGUUGUAUACGUUUAUCAAGUAAAUGGAAAUGGUCAUUAAAUCAAGAAAACUUUAAUCUCGCAACGAGAGAUUUAGGUAAAAUAUUCAAAGAAAGACAAUAUAGGAAUUUACCUUCAGAACCAUUUGUCGAUUUUCCUAAAUGGAUAACUUCUUUUGACGUUUCUUUAACUUCAUCAGAAUCGGAAAAUGAUCAAAAGGAAAUUGAAACAGCUUUUGAAAUGUUUUUGAAAUUCGUUUGUGUUUCAGCAUCAGAUUUGAUUUCAUCAACGAAAACAUUAAAAGAAGCUUUAAAAGUUGAAAAAGAUUUACAAAGGUUGAUAAUGACUAUCAUACCUGUUUCACCUGUUAAAUUCAAUAAAUUAUUACCACCGAAUAAGAAACAAUUGGGACAAUUGAUAAAUCGAUAUUCUACAAUGGUUGCUGGAUGUUAUUUCUCACCUGGAUUGGUAGGUUGGUUAUUGGCCAAUUCAAGGAAAUGGCAAUUGUUUAAAGAAGCCGAUUUCGAUUCGAGGAGAGUUACUAUAAGAGGGAUAAUGUAUGUCGGUGUGGCUUUAAGACAUCAUGAGGCGGAUUUAAGUUUGGUGAUGAAUAGAUUUGAAGAAAUGUUGAAUGUUUUACAAGAAGAAUUGGAUCAGAUUAAAAGGUUGGAAGGAAAGAAAGAACAAUCAAUUAAUCGACAAAAUAAUCAUUUCAAUAUGUUCGAAGUUUUUCCAAUCACGAAUGAUAAGAAUGGUAAUACGACCGUCAAUACGAUGAAUGAGAAAUUCGUUAGAUUACCAGAAAAAGAAGAAGUGGAAAGAACUAUGAUUUUAAUAGUAGCUUCUAUCAAACAGAUUAUUUUACAUGAUACCUAUAUUUCUGGUCAACCUUCAAUCACCGACCUUCAUAUCACUAUUGAACCAAAUUAUGAUCAUCUCAAUCUCAACCCUGCUAUCGACCGAAUCAAUCCAGAAAUAGGACAUGGUAAGAAAACUAAAUACCCCCCUCCUUGUCUUUUACACUCAAGUUGGACAUCAAAAGUAUUCAAUCUAGAAUUAGAUAAGAAAUGUCAAGAAGAAAUAAUCAAUGUUAUCCAAACGUAUUUGAAUAUCAGACAAUUGGCUUUACCUGAUAAAGCGAAGAAAAUGAGAGAAGAGAAAUUGGAAAGUUUACAAAGUGAGAGUUUUGAUGAAUUUGGAUCUUUGGGAAUUGAUUGGUCCGUCGAGCCGUUAGGUUUAGGUGGGGGUUUGGUCGAUCCCCUUGGACCUGAAAUGGAUGAUGGGGAGGAGGGAAGAUUGAAGGAAAUGAACGAAAAGGAGAAAACGGAGAAAAAGGUGGAAUUGAUGGAUAAGGAGUUUGCUGAUGUAAGUUUUUGUUGA